CAGGCCCUGGGGAUGGGGAAGGUGAGUCACAUGUGGACAGGGCCCCUUUUAUAGCCCCACCACCCAGCUGGCUCUGUCUUAUGCCACCUGACCAGCCGGCUGCUACCUACACCAGCUGUGCCCAUUCAUCAUGGAGAAAGUCCUUGUCCUUCUGCUGGUCGCCCUUGCAGUGGCCUACGCAGUUCCCGACCCCCGGGGAACCAUUAUCAACUUGGAGGCAGGCGAGCUCUGCUUGAACAGCGCCCAGUGCAAGAGUGAAUGCUGCCAGCGGACAAGUGGAACGAGCCUGGCCCGCUGUGCAGCCAGGGCCAGCGAGAACAGCGAGUGCUCUGCCUGGUCGCUCUAUGGGGUUUACUACAAGUGUCCCUGCGAGCGGGGCCUGACCUGUGAGGGGGACAGCACCAUCGUGGGCUCCAUCACCAAUACCAACUUUGGUACCUGCCUCGAUGUUUGACGCUCCAAGGAGUGAAAGCAUCCAUCCAGCCCUGCAUCUAGCCCAGCACGCUGAAGGACGCUCCUCCUCCGCCUCCUCUCCCUGGCUGGCCACCCCCUGGACCAGCACCUCCAUCUUCUGAUUGGGUUCUUGGCAAUUAAAGCCCCUCCUGCAAACCUUC